AGGCAGAGGGGCCGGUAGUGAUUCCGGCCGAUCUUACGGUAUCAUAGAGAGGCAGCGUUAGAGUCCCCUCUCUUCCGGUGUCGCCCAGCACUCCUUCCGGCAAUGCUGCCUCAGCCUCGGCUUGGCGGCGCCUUCGCUGCUAUCGCUUUGGGCCUUAAGUCAAGGUUUCGUUGUUACGUCCGAGCCGCCAUGGCGAAGAGCAAGUUCGAAUACGUCCGGGCUUUCGAAACGGAGGAUAAAUGUUUGCCCAACUGCUGGAUCGUGGUACGGUUGGACGGACGCUGCUUCCACCGCUUUGCUGAGCAGCAUGAUUUUAAGAAACCUAAUGAUGAUUGUGCUCUUAAUUUGAUGAACAAGUGCGCCCAAGCAGUGAUGGAAGAAAUGGAGGAAAUUGUCAUUGCCUAUGGACAAAGUGAUGAAUACAGCUUUGUUUUCAAAAAGAAAACCAACUUGUUUAACAGAAGGGCAAGUAAAUUAAUGACUCUCGUGGUCGCCAAGUUUGCAUCCAGCUAUGUUUUCUAUUGGAAGGAUUAUUUUAAGGACAAGCCCCUUUUGUAUCCACCAGGAUUUGAUGGACGUGUUGUGUUGUAUCCCAGUGACCAAAAUCUAAAAGAUUAUCUCAGUUGGCGACAAGCUGAUUGUCAUAUCAAUAACCUCUAUAAUACGGUAUUUUGGACUCUUGUGCAGAAAAGUGGCCUGACACCAGUACAAGCGCAGGAGAAACUUAAGGGAACCCUUGCAAAUGACAAGAAUGAGAUUUUAUUUUCUGAAUUCAACAUUAACUACAACAAAGAACCUGAAAUAUAUAGGAAAGGAACUAUUUUAAUAUGGAAAAAGGUAGAUGAAAUCAUUAAAAAAAAAAUUAAAACGGGGGAAACAGACGAGAAGGAAAUGGAAGAAACCAGGAUGAGAAAUAAACCAAUUCCUUUGCAUUGUGAUAUUAUUGGAAAUGAAUUUUGGGAACACAACCCUCAAAUCCUGCUUGACAAGAGGUGACCUUUCCUAUCUGCAUUUUAGUCUGAACCUAUUGGGUAUAAUUUAUUUUAUAAGGACUGCAUCAUGGUGGGGAGAAAAAUGUAAUCCUGUAUUUUGUAAUAGCCAUUUUACUUCCGGGAAUGAAUGAAAAAUCCAGGUAUUAUUCAUAAAUACUUUUUUAUUAAAAUUACGAGUAGGCUGAUAAUAUUAAACUUUACACUGAAAAAGGAAUGCCUUUAAUUUCUUCUCUGGCCCUCAAAAGAACUCUACUGCUGUAGGUCUCAUGAGAUGCUAAGUUGCCCAUUUAAAACUCUGAAAACAUUUAAACUACUCCUUCAAAUUAAAUUCUAUCAUCAGGGAGCCAAGUUACAAAUUAUCCUAGUUGCUAAUGUCUCUGGAUUAUAUGAGUGAUAAACAAAAUACCCUGGCAAGUAGCAGAAAGUAAUUAGGAAGUUUUCUCUCAAGUGUAAAUUAGUUCCGGCCUUUUUGAAAGCUAUGGAAACAUAAUUUCCCUCUGUAAUCGAACAUUUAUUAUUUGGACUCUCUCCUUGCUGCUUUUCGGAUUAUUAGACAAGGUCUCAGGUGGCCAACCAAGAGCAAUAAUGUUAUUGUAUAAGGGAGAUAGCGCAGCAGGGUGUGUUUGUAGGUCAUGCUCUCAUUUUGCUGCUGCCUGGGAAACUAUCCAGUUCCUGCUGUUGAGAAUUGUGGCAACCAACUUACUGAAAGUCUUGUAUUGGGAUGUGAAGUUCAAAGAGUUGUGUUACUCUUCUGCCUUUUCAAAGGCCAUGCUGCCCAGGAGCAAAAAGGAUAGAGGCAUUGGGACCAAAUGUGAGAUUUGUGAAAAAUUGGCCUUCUCUAGUGGCUAGAUUUUAUAUAGAACUUUUUAAGGCGAUUCUUAAUUGUUUGUGAAUUUGCUCUAAAAGGAAAUCAUUUAGAAUAAUAGGCAUUUAGCAUCAUUUUAAAGCCAUUGGAAAAAAUUGUACUUAUUUUUUUCUGAAGUGACAAGUGUCUUCGUUACUAUAGUUAAGAUAGCAUUAAAGGGGUAAAAAGAAACGAACAAUUAGCAUUCCAAAAAUGGUGUGCUCUUGUAUCUGUGUCAGCAAUCCACAAUACUUGUAGUGAGGUUAGCAGGAAUAAUAGACAAAGUAUCUAUGCAAGGUGGAUUUUUGUAUUCCUGCUUUCCAUAAGGUGCUCCAGGGUAUUGGCAGCAACAAUAAAAAAGCAGCUGUGUUUUCAUAACACACUGAAGCAAAAACAAGCUGGCCAGUUGUUAGCCUAGUGCAGGGGUGUCAAACUCUAUUUCAUUGAGGGCUGCAUCAGGAUUGUGUUUCACCUUAGGGGCCAUGGUAGGCAUGGCCAGAGUGGGCGUGGCCAGCUUAACAUCACUUGUGUUGGGGGCGUCUGUGGUGGCCUGAGUGCUCUGCCAGCGAAAAUGGGCUUCCAAGCUGUUUUCAGCUGUGACGGCCUCCUGCUGCCUUCCGACACAGACCCCCCCCCCAGCUCCAUUUUCACUGGCAGAGUGCGGCAGGAGGCCGUCGCAGCCAAAAAUAAAGCCACACGCAGCCCUCCUGAGCUCCAUUUUCACUGGCAAAGGCACCCCGGGCCAGUCCUUUGGUAUUUUAGGGUAGCUCCGCGGGUCAGAUCUAAGCACCCCGUGGACUGGAUCUGGUCCCCGGGCCUUGUGUUUGACAUCCUUGGCCUAGUGCCUUUAUGAAUUAUUAUUACUAAACCAUCACCUUUCUCCAAUCUAGCAGAGAUCUCCAAGAGAGAUCUCUGCUAGAUUUAAAAACCAGAUUUGUUUUAAUCACAUUUUGCAGGAUCCAAUCUGGGUCGGUCACUGGGACCAGAGGUUUUGUCUUCUGAGCUUUCAGACUCAUGCUAGAGCCCAUCUUCAGUGAACUUCUCGGUAGCAGAAUGUGUCAUAUUUUGUUACAUCAGCCAUACUGAGAAUCAGAAGAUGGAAUAUACUUGGCUCACUAAUUUGUCUAUUUUUAAGUAAUCAACCUAUAAGACAUAAGCAGAAAAUGAGGUACAUGAUAGACUUCUUACAGACCUAAAUUUUAAAAAAAUCCUAAUUUCCAAUUGUCAGUAAACAAUUGUGUUCAUCCCUCAUAAGUCACCUUACAGAUUUAAAUAGUCAGCCAAAACAAUUAUGAGGUAGGGUGGAGAAGCUGAUCCUGUGCAUAAGAUAUUCCUUGGUGCCUACUAAUCAAGGUUGCUUUUUUCCCUAUUUCUGUCAGACCAGGCUAAAACCUUUACUGUAUGGUCUUCUUUUUGGUUAUCUUCUAGAAUCUGGGUUUGAUUGAGAUGAGCCUCUAUAGAAAUUGAAUAAAUAAAUAUUUACAACUGUU